AUGCUAACAGCACUCAUUCUCCUUCAAUUGCUCAUUCCACCCAGUCUACAGUUUUUCUUUGGAAGUAGCGGAGGAGGAUGUGGAUGUCCAUGCCCAGUGCCUCCACCAAUUCCAAUUUGUGCUCCUCAACCAAUAUGUGCUCAACCAGCUCCAUGUUCAUCUUCUCCAUCGUAUCCCUCAUAUUCCCCUUCUUAUUCUUCAUAUGCCUCUGCUCCAGCACCUGUUCCAUCGCCAUUUUAUCAAACCGGUUGGUCUCCUGCCAUCCAACCAUAUGCUUCGGCUCCUACUAUUCCCUCUUAUUCCACAUCAUACUCUGCUGCUCCCCCACCUUUGGUAAUUCCUUCUGGUCCUUCAUAUGUUGCCCCUGUCUCUGCUCCUUCUUAUUCUCUAACCCCAUCCAUUUCCAUCCCCGGACCUCUUCCGCCAUCUCCAAUAUAUAUGCCAGCUCUUGCUAUGCCAAUUGUAACAAAUGGAUACGAUCAAAUUUCCAUAGUGACAUCCAUAGCAACAACUCCUUCCUACUUGCAAAGCGGAUAUGUUCCAGCAGCUUCGAAAGGAUACGAAACCAAAUAUGAUGAAGAGAAUAGUGUAGAAGGGAUGGCGCCUCCUCCACCACCUCCACCUAUUGGUAUUCCAAAAGAACCCAGCACAUAUGAUUACCGUACUUCUGAAGUAGUCACCCCGAGCGACUACUAUAAACCGGCAAUUGUCCCAAGUAUGAGUUACAUGGAAGAUUCGUCGGAGGAAGGCCAACUGGUUGAAAAACAGGGAUACUGGAUGAAAGGACAUCCCGUUUCACAGACUUCUUCAAAAUAUGGUCAGUUCGAAGCAAGACACAAUAUUCUGAAACGAAUGAAAACUGAAGCGAUUCCAAGAACGAAUAACACCUGUAACUCGAUAAAAUUAGCAAAUGUGAUGAUGCGGGCGAUAGUAGACGACGUUUCUGUUUCAAAGAGAAUGAUCCAACAUGCCACAAAACUCGCUUUUGAUGGAGCUAAAUUCGAUGUAUUCUGUGCGAUUGGUGAAUUCAGUUACAGUGUUCACUCUCGCAAGUACUGCGAGGUAACGAAACAGGAUGUCACAUGUUUCGCUUUCCGGUAA